UUUAAAACCUUCAUAUAUAAACGGUUUAUCAGUGUUUUUGUUUAGUUUUUUACAAAAUGUUCCCUUAUAUUGUGAUUUUUGCUGGUGCUCUUUUACUUGUAUCAGCAGAACUAUUCUCAUCACAAGGCACCCGGGACGACUGGGAGCGGAUAGUAGGGGGUAAAAAGGCCGCAAACGGUUCCGCACCCUACCAGGUGUCGCUUCGCACGUGGGGCGUCCGCCAUUUUUGCGGCGCGUCUGUCAUCACGCCUAAAGUCAUUUUGACAGCUGCGCAUUGUGUUGACGGGCUAAGACCACAAUACUUCAAAGCAAUAGUUGGCACGAACCAACUCCGAGCAGGAGGUCAAUCCUACACCAUCCGUAAAGUGGUCAAACACGAAGAUUACAAUGACGACCUUAUUAUCAACGACAUAGCGAUCAUUUUCACUGAACAAGAGAUACUGUUCAAUGAAAGAGUGGAUGCUGUGGAACUAAAUGAUGAACCUGUGGAGAAGGGAGAGGAUUUGUUGUUGACUGGUUGGGGUACUACUUCAUACCCCGGCCAUCUACCCAACGACCUCAUGCAGUUGGACCUUAAAGCAGUAUCUUAUGAGGAUUGCAAAGAAGCCCAUCUCAGCAUCAACGCAGUGUUUGAAACCCAAAUCUGCGCUAUGACGAAGGCUGGGGAAGGCGCUUGUCAUGGUGACUCUGGCGGUCCUUUAGUAAGAGAAGGUCGACAAGUUGGAAUCGUAUCCUGGGGCCUUCCAUGUGCCAAGGGAAAACCAGAUGUUUAUACUAAGGUCGAAUCAUACAUGGACUGGAUAGAAAAGACGUUAUUAGAUGAUGAUGAAGAUCAUUGGAUGUUCGUUUUACGUAAAAGAAGAGGCAACAGACACUUUUGAUUUCGCUUUUAAUUACUAACAAGGCUGUUAUAUUAGUAUAAAAUAAUAUGUAAUUAUUUAAACGGUAUUAUAGUAUCUGUAAUAGUAUAGAUUUUAUAUUAUGAUAAAAAAUAAAUAGUUACUGUCACUUGCCAACAGAUGGCAUAAAAAAUCUCAUGUAUUUAUUGAACUAUUGUUUGUUUAUUGAUUGGUGAAUAUUUAAGGAAAUGUAAAUCUAUAGAAAAUAUUAGAAUUAAUUACAAUUUACAACUUAAAUAUAUAAUAAAAUAUAUAAAUAUUGUAUAGAAAAUAAAAUGGAUGAUCAGUUUAAAAA